CUUUAUAUUACACGCAUGCGUACUAAUCACUUCGGCAUGGCGGACAGUGGCUGGCCGGGCUGUGCUAAGAGUUUAAAAGGUGUCAUUUUGGACCUGUGUGGAGUUUUAUAUGACAGCGGGGAGGGCGACGGGGUUGCAAUUCCUGGCUCGAUCGAAGCUGUGAAAAAGCUCAAGGAAUCCGACUUGCAGCUGCGAUUCUGCACCAAUGAGACCCAGGCCACCAGAGAGAAGUUUGUAGCCAAGCUUCGAAGAUUGGGCUUUGACAUCUCUGUAUCUGAAGUCUUCCCUCCUGCGCCUGCAGCCAUAGCUGUUCUCAAAGAAAGAGGUUUACGUCCUCACUUGCUGGUGCAUGAUGGACUUCUCCCGGAGUUUGACGGUGUUGACAAAACCAACCCAAACUGUGUGAUUGUAGGAGAUGCAGCUGAAAAUUUUUCCUAUCAGAACUUGAACGAGGCUUUCAGGGUCCUCAUAGGCCUGGAAAAGCCGGUGCUUUUCUCCCUGGGCCAGGGGCGAUACUACAAGGAGACGGACGGUUUAAAAUUAGAUGUUGGUGUUUACAUGAAAGCUCUGGAGUAUGCCUGUGAUUUAAAGGCAGAAGUAAUUGGAAAACCUUCCCCGACAUUCUUCCGGAGUGUUCUCAAUGAUAUGGGCCUUAAACCACAUGAGAGAGCCCAUCAUGGGUUGCUCCUUUGUUUUUGUCCUCAUCCCCCUUUGUGGCUUCUUUAUUGGGCAGUGGUGCAAAAGGUGCUGAUGAUUGGAGACGAUCUUUUAAAUGAUGUAGGUGGGGCCCAACAUUGUGGAAUGAAAGGUGUACAGGUGCGGACUGGCAAGUACAGGCCCAUUGAUGAGAGGCACCCGGCGGUGACGGCUGACGGCACUGUAGACAACCUGGCCCAGGCGGUGGACAUGAUCCUCAGUCAGAGGGGGCACUGAACACCAGGCAGUGGACACUGAACUCUAGCUGAUCAGCAGUACCAUUUAAAAAGUAGCUUCUGAAAGUUUUCUUUGUUAUGGAAGUUAAAUUAAUUAGCCCAUGGCCUCUAUAAACUGUUAACAGCCAACUGUAUUGUCACACAUGGGAAAGACUCCCAUCUGUUGCUCUGCGAAGUGUGACACAAACUGGAAUGAAGUUUGCAGAACAAUUAUCCCAUCUGCAAGAGAUAGUGUUGAGCAUGCUUGAGCUGUACUGUGUAUUUGUCAGUACAUGAUUGGCAUAGAUAAGAUACCUCAAGAUGACACGAGUGUGCCGUAACCAGCUGCUGACUGACAGUUAAAAGGCGAGAGAAAUGCAGUGUUCAAGUUCCCACAGUCAAAUUCUCCGAAGAGCUGCUGUACUCACAGUUUGCACUAAACAUUUGCUGCACUUUAACGCAGAGUAAUUGUUGUGCGUCAUGUGAUGAAAACAGAGAACGUGCACAAACCCAUACAGAGCUGCAGGAAAUAUUAGAUUUUUUUCUUUGAUUGUUAUAAAUAAAGAUCAUUUUCGAGUCUGUGUGAAAAUGUGUGGAAUCUCCAUCAGUUUGGAAAUUUGUCUGAGUCAUUGUCAGAGAAAAGCUCAAGGUCUUAAAACACUUGGGGAAAAUUCAGCCUUGGCUCAGGUUUAAACUGGAAUUCGUAUCGGAGAGGCUUUUGUUUUACAAUAAUAAAUCGCUGGAAAUGGGAAGUGAGCUGGUCUGAGAGAUGAUAAAUGCAACCACUGCUGAAUGCGAUAAAUUAUGCUGAUGCUUGGGCUCAUGUUUCUCUCUGUGUAAACAAAAAUGAAACUGACACUCCAUCAGAUUGAAGAACCACAGAUCUUCAGCUGCUUAUCUUUAUUUACUUGACUUUAAGCGGCCUUUUACUGGAGACGGUCCUGUCAUAGCUUCUCUGUCAAAAGCCACUCAUUACACACGGUAUCCACACCGAGGGUUAAUAAAACGACCGUGGCCAAAAAAAAA